AUGAGUCUAUGGAGCACCGCCGCCCCAUCAUCGGCGGCAGAUGGAGAUGCCGCCGUGAUGGAGGCGUUCAUGUCCCAUGAUUCGGAUCUGGCUUCUUUCUGGCCCGCAUCCGCUUUCGCACCACAGACCCAGUUCAACGGGAUUUCCUCUCCUGCCCAUCCUCCUCCGCCCGCCGGAGACCACCCCAGUACCACCUCCGCCGCAUCCCAGUUCAAUCAGGAGACCCUCCAGCAGCGCCUUCUGGCCUUGAUCGAGGGCGCGAGGGACACUUGGACCUACGCCAUAUUCUGGCAGUCCUCAGCCCUUGACUACGGCGGCACGCCGGUGCUGGGCUGGGGCGACGGCUACUACAAGGGAGAGGAGGACAAGGCCAAGCGCAGGACGGCAUCCUCCCCCUCCGAGCAGGAGCACCGGAAGAGGGUUCUCCGCGAGCUCAACUCCCUAGUCUCCGACCCGCAAUCCGCCGUCGCCGACGAUGCCGUCGACGAGGAGGUCACCGACACCGAAUGGUUCUUCCUCAUAUCCAUGACCCAAUCCUUCGUCAACGGGUCCGGCAUCCCGGGCCAGGCCCUGUACACCUCCAGCCCGGUCUGGGUCACCGGGCCCGACCGGCUCGCCGCCUCCCCCUGCGGCCGGGCCCGCCAGGCCCACGGGUUCGGCCUCCAGACCCUCGUCUGCAUACCCUCCUCAAACGGCGUCGUCGAGCUCGGCUCCACCGAGAUCAUCUUCCAGAGCUCAGAUCUCACCAGGACCGUCAGAACCCUCUUCAACUUCGACCCACCCGAAACCGCCCACCCCUCCUGGCCCCCUUCCGACCCCGACCAUGACCCCGCCGCCCUCUGGCUGGNGUCUCAACGCUACCACCUCCGCCCUCCGGACCACCAAUCCCUGCAAGCCCGAAAAAAAGCCUCCCCAACUUCAAGAAGCAGCAACAACAUCAACAACAACAACAACGAGGGCAUGAUGUCCUUCACCUCUCGAGCCAUCGUCAAAAUGGACGAUGGCUGCACCACCAUAGACUCAGACCAGUCGGACCUCGAGCCAUCCGUGGCUCGUGAAGCCGAGAGCAGCCGAGCCGUCGCUAACCCCUCCUCGCCGGAGAAGAAGCCCCGCAAACGAGGCCGUAAGCCCGCCAACGGCCGAUUGGAACCUCUGAACCACGUGGAGGCCGAGCGGCAAAGGCGGGAAAAGCUGAACCAGAAAUUCUACGCCCUCCGAGCAGUAGUCCCAAACGUGUCAAAGAUGGACAAGGCCUCGUUGCUAGGUGACGCCAUAUCCUACAUCAACGACCUCAAGUCCAGGCUCCAAUCGGCCGAGGCCGACAGGGAUGAACUCCGGCGGCGGCUCGAACCUUCCGGGAAGUCAAAGUCAAAGUCAACUCAGGGUAAUCAAGAAGUUGACUCGGGUAAGGGCGCGUUUGGGGAGUUGGAGGUGGAUGUGAAGAUUAUGGGUCGGGAUGCCAUGAUUAGGGUGCAGUGUGGGAAGAGUAACCACCCGGCGGCUAAGCUGAUGGUGGCUUUGAGGGAGCUUGAGCUUGACGUGCACCAUGCCAGUGUUUCGGUUGUGAAUGAAUUAAUGAUACAGCAGGCCACGGUGAAGAUGGAGGGCCGGUUUUUUACGCAGGAACAGCUGAAGGGGGCUCUGGUCUCAAUGUUUGGGGAAGGAAGGUGA